AUGGCUCCAAAUCUGAGGCUAAGAUUCUGUGUUCCCUUGUUAUUUUUGUUGUUGAGUUUUCUCUUGAAUUCAAAUGCGGAAUUGGAUCGUAAAGUUUCACAUAAGGUCAUAACUGCUCCUCAUAAAGAUGUAGGAACUAAUGUAAUCGAUGGCACUGGUGUAGAGAAUGCUUUUAAUUUUGAGAAUGGAAAUAGUGCGGCGGGUAGUAGGAAAGGUGCAAGUAAUAAGGUAUCAGUAUCAACGGUUGCGUUGUUUACUCUGGCGAUGGCAGCUGCCACUGGUUUAGGUGCUGUGCCCUUCUUCUUUGUGGAGCUUGAUCCCCAGUGGGCUGGAUUAUGCAAUGGAAUGGCUGCAGGUGUCAUGCUGGCUGCGAGCUUUGAUCUAAUACAGGAAGGGCAGGAGUAUGGUGCUGGAAAUUGGGUUGUCACUGGGAUUCUAGCUGGUGGAAUCUUUAUUUGGCUAUGUAAGAAGUUUCUUGAGCAAUAUGGGGAAGUCAGCAUGUUGGAUUUAAAAGGUGCUGAUGCUGCCAAAGUUGUUCUUGUUAUUGGAAUAAUGACCCUCCAUUCUUUUGGGGAGGGAUCUGGGGUUGGAGUCUCAUUUGCUGGCUCAAAGGGUUUUACUCAAGGCCUAUUGGUAACGUUGGCUAUUGCGGUACACAACAUCCCAGAAGGAUUAGCUGUGAGCAUGGUGCUUGCAUCAAGGGGUGUUUCUCCACAGAAUGCUAUGUUAUGGAGUAUAAUUACAUCUUUACCCCAGCCCAUUGUAGCCGUUCCUUCAUUUAUCUGUGCUGAUGCAUUCAGUAAGUUUCUUCCUUUUUGUACGGGAUUUGCUGCUGGAUGCAUGAUUUGGAUGGUUAUUGCAGAAGUGCUUCCUGAUGCUUUCAAGGAAGCCUCAGCUUCACAGGUUGCAUCAGCUGCAACCCUUUCUGUAGCAUUUAUGGAAGCUCUCAGCACCUUCUUUCAGAAUUUCAGUCAUGACUACAACUCCGAGGAUGCUUCUGGCUUUUUUGUUUCAUUACUUUUUGGUCUUGGACCUUUACUUGGAGGAAUUAUUCUGGUUGUAUUUGCUCUUGCAUUGCAUCUUCAGCAUGCUCUCCUCAUGGGCACCGCAUGUGGUAUUGCUUUUGUUCUUGGUGCCUGGCGACCAAUACAGCUUAUCUUGUCUUCAAAAUUGGGAUUUAUUCCCGUUUUGUUACUCCUGGCAAUGGGGGCUGCUUUCAUCCAGGUUUCUACUUCUGGUGUAUUGAAGAUGGCAGCUUCCAAAAAGGCCUCAGUCAAUGACUUGCCUACACUCACUGGUUUCCCUCUCAGUGUUCACACCCUUCAAUCAUUCAUAUCAUGCGGUGCAGUAGCCUUUCAUGCCUUAGCUGAAGGACUUGCAUUGGGAGUAGCUGCACCAAAAGCAUAUGGACUCGGUCGUCACAUGGUCCUUCCAGUCUCUCUACACGGCCUACCUCGAGGUGCAGCUGUGGCCAGCUGCAUAUUUGGAGCCACUGAUAGCUGGCAUGGUUCCCUUGCAACAGCUGCCAUAAUUGGAUUUAUGGGUCCAAUAUCAGCAAUAGGAGCUAUUCUUACUGGUAUUGACUACAGUGGUCUUGAUCACAUUAUGGUUAUUGCCUGUGGUGGAUUAAUCCCUAGCUUCGGACCUGUAGUGAAGAGAGCUCUUAGUUUGGACAAGAGAAAGAGCACCUGUGGCCUCAUUAUGGGUAUUGGGUUUGCUACUUUAUGUCUAACAUUCACUAGGUUGGUUUGCUUACAUACACCUUACUGCAAUUCUGCACCAGAGGCUGUCAGAUAA